GAGAACAUCAAGAUAAACAAGAGAAUCAUGAGCAAGGACACCGAAGAGGUCAUCCGCAUGUUCAAGAAAUUCGACGAAGAGGUGCUCACCAACCCAGAUGCAAAAUCAAGAUUGCUUUCGCUAGGCUUCGAGACCAGAAAGAGGUACAUUACCACCUUCAAGCAUUUCAUCAGAUUCUGCUGCAGCAAACAGCUCGACAACUUCUUCGUGACUGGAGAGUUGAUGAAGGAAUUCUACGAAGAGCAAUUCGAGAAGAGUACUAGCGACAAGCCGGUGAUCCGUUUGCGAAAAAUGGACCCAGCCUUCAGCAAACUCCAGGAAAUCAAUUUCUUGGUCUAUGGUCUCGACAACAAGGAUAUCCCCAAUCGUCAGGUGGCCUUGGACUACUUGAUAUACAAAGAAACGGGAAAGCUUCCAGGCUCCAAGUACAGAAGACCCGAAGGGAAGGACAGCGACAAAUUGAAAACGGAGUCCAGUGUCGAAAUCUCGAAGAGCUCUACUCCUGUCGAAUCUGACUCGGAAGCUCACUCAGGCUCCGUACCUCCAGAAACCCAAAUAAAGCCCAGGAAGAAGGGCAUCAAGAAGGACGAAAUGAUUUCGUUCUUAAAAUCGUCAUACUACAACCACAAGGAAGACCUCAACAAUGCGGUGUCACAGGGUAUGACCAUGAUCAGAUCCAUGACCAACGACCCCCAAGUUAUGGAGGUGCUAUCCAGCUUGAUGGGAGAAAUUAAUGGUUCGUGUGAAAGGUUCUACUAUGAUAUCUGCAAUGGCCCUAGCUUGGGUGACAGCGAGAGUGGGCCGGUGGAAAACCCAGGGGGUGCCUUGAAGUCAGAUUCAAAGUACCCGGUAGUGGAGAUGAACCACGACAUCUACACCAUCUACGAAAUUCUCGAGGAAUGGUACACCAUAGAGCCAAGCAUCAGUACCAGAGUGGAAAAGUGGGGCACUAAGUGGAUAAGUGACGAGAUUGACCACGAAACAUAUCUCGAGAGAGCUUCUAUAGUGAAGUUCAUCGACAGACUUUGUACAGAGUGCGACGAACCGGACAAAUUUAUCAUGGCUAAUGAUUGUGACAGGUAUAUCAGGGAUAAGUCGAUUUUGGACGAGUUCAUUACAGAGAUAGAAUUGGACGUCGAGACCUUAUUCAAGCGGGUCAUGCGCUACAGAAAGAAA